AUGAAUACAAUACCCUCUGGACACACAGCAAUAGUGUUAGAGACAUUGCAUUCGAGUCGAUCGUGUCAACGUUUGAAUGCUUUGAGACGUCACGCAAGUCAAAGUCGAGGUCACACAACGGCUGCACGAACCCGAACGACACUUAGUGACACUAAAAGUAUCCGAAGUGUUCGAAGUUUGACUCGAUAUGAUCACCAUAAACCUGAUAUUGCAUCGCUUUCAGGACGUAAUAAAAUGAGCCAAAGUUUUAGGUCACCAAAUGAUAGUCUUCAAAGGAGAUAUCCAGUGGUAAUUAGGCAUACACUUCCAAAUAACUGGAACAAUGGAUGUGCAAAACCGGUGGAAAAAAAUGAUAAAACAUUUUUUGGUUUUUGCUGUAAUUCACGCAAGGAAAAUGAUCAACCAUAUACGUAUAUCAAAGGAGGUAUACCUGUUCGAUACAUCAAUCAUACAAAUGAUCCAAAUCGGGGUACCAUUAUGGAGUUAAAAACAUAUGUUUCUGGUACUAACACGUAUCCAGAUUCUAAUUUACAAUCCAGGUCAAGAACCAAAUCAAAAGAAGAUAACGGUCAAACUCUUACGGCACAUCUUCCAUCAUCAUCAAGUUUAAAAAAGUUACAAGAUGCAACCAGGGAGAAUGAUCGUCGAUUAUUACCGCAAAUUACCAUUAGCGAUAAUGAAAAAGAAGAAACUAGUGCUCAGCUAACAGCAUCUGACGAUGAAUUUGUCGCUGAUGACCUAAAGACAAUUGAAGAAACUGAAGGUCGUGGUGGGACGGUCUCAGGAAACAUACCAAUAAUAGUUCCCGGGUUGACCUUACACCAUUCAAUGGCACUUCAUAAACAUCCAUCGUUAGACAGUUCUUUAGCAAGAAGAUUGCGGGGCGAAUAUGGUGAUAGUCGUUCACAUAGAAGUUGGGGAAGCGAACGAUCUGAUGAGUUGUCAAGCCGUUCUUUCAGACGCUCAAAUGGAACUUAUAAACGUGAAAAGAUGCCGGUGUCUGUCGGAAUUAUCACUGUUAUUGUAUUCAUUGCUGCCGGUGCAAUUUUGUUUGCAGUAUGGGAAAAUUGGAAUCUGUUUGAUGGAGCAUAUUAUUCGUUUAUCACUCUCAGUACGAUUGGUUUUGGUGACAUUGUACCCGGCCAAAGUCUGGGAGAAGGAUCUCAGGAAAAGCUUAUUGUAUGCGCUUUAUAUUUACUUUUCGGUAUGGCGUUGAUUGCUAUGUGCUUUAAACUUAUGCAAGAUGAUGUUGUACAGAAAGCUCGAUGGCUGGGGCAAAAGAUUGGAAUUAUUGUUAAAGAGGAGAAGUCUGACUCGGAAUCAGACUUAGAAAAUGAGGUUGUUCUUGAGGAGGAUGAAGAUGAAGACAUAUUAUCUGAGGAAAGAACCGACCAGGAUAAGCGUACAAUGUCUAGUGAAUCGUCACGACGAGACGACGACGAUAGCCGAAAAGUGAAACGAAACGACAGGAGAACUCAGACAAAUAUUAGACGAUGA